UUUGUAAACAAAAUCAAAACAACAACAAAUCAUCAUCAUUAUCAGAUACUAACCAUCACAAGAGACUAUCCCAUCCACGAAGUCUAUACCAUACAACCAUCCAACCACCAACAAUGUCAAAGAAGAUGAUAAGGCACACGCCUCUACUCACUAAGGUGUCGACUUUACCCUUUGAUUUAUACCUCUACUUUAAUGAGAUACAUUCGUCAAUUGAAUGGGAUGACUUGACCUUGUCAGUUGCUUUACCAAUUGGAACUCUUUUGACUAUGACAACAAUCAUGGCUCAGGUGUUGAAUAAUUAUUACAAUUCCAUCAAUGUGAAGUCAAACAAUGCCUUGUUCGAUACUGAUUAUUAUAAUUAUGAAAGAAUAAAACGAUCUUUGUCAUAUAAUGAACAAUUACAACAGCAACAACAACAACUUCAAGGGGCAAUUAUUCCAUCGGUAUUGUGGUUGAUAAAUGGAUUAUCUACUUUGAUUGUUGCUUUCAGUUUGUUUAAUGCCUUUCAAGUGUUCACUUCUUAUAAGAAUUAUAAAUUAUUAUAUGCUACUUCCCAACCAUCUACUCCAUCAUCAUUUAAAGGUUCUUUAAAUGAAUCCAAUUCAUUUAUUAUUAAAGGUAUAAACUAUUUACUUUCGUUUAUUUUUGGUAAACAUGAAAUUGAUGAAGAUGAAGAUGAUUCCCAUAUCAUUGAUGAUACUGUCGAUGAAGAUGAAGAAGUUUGGCAAUUGAAUGUUUGGGAUCCAUCUCAUUUCCAAUUACAUAUGGCAAUCCCAUUAAAUCCUAUCAAUCUAUUUGUGAUCUACAAUUUCAGUAAUUAUACUAGUAACUUAUUAUAUUUCAUUUCAUUAUUGAUAUUAAUUUCAACCAGUUUUUAUUUUUUCAUUCAUAAAUUCUUAUUGUUAGUACAAGAUAAACAAAUUCUUUAUCAAUCAAUGUUUAAAGAGUAUAAUGUCAAAUUUAUUAAUCCAAACUUGAAUAAAGUCAAAAAGGAUGUCGUUAUAGAUGCUACAAGAGGUCCAUUCUAUGGUGACGAAGUGUUAACUAAGUAUACCGACACUAAACUGAAGGUGUUUAUAACUCAUGAUGUAAAAGGUAAAGAAAUAAGACACACAAAUAGUGGAAAUGAUAUUGAUAAUAAUGGUCAUUAUGGUGAUCCACAAUAUUCAAGAAGACGUACCAAUAAUCCAAUUGGAGAUUUUCUUACUAGAAGACAAUAUCAAUUUUUUAAUGAUGAAGAUGAAGAUGAAUCUGAAGAUUCAUCCGUUAGAUGGUAUACUUCUUCCACUCCAUAUCAAAAUAACAGACUUAAAAGUGUUAAUACCCCAAUUUAUAAUAGAUCUCCUAGUCCAGUAAGAUCUGUUGUUGGUAAUAAAGAAAACAGACCUCCAAAUUCAUCAUAUAUAAGAUCUCCUACCAAGCUUUCUCCCACCAAAGAACCUUUAAGCUUUAGAUCCCCGGCAAGACCACCAGUAAGAGAACCACCAUCAUUCAGAUCUCCAUCAAGAUCACCAUCCAGACUCUCACCUGUCAGAUCAACAUCUCCAAUCCGAGACAGACAAAUCUAUGGUCCAGGUUCAUCAUCACCAAUAAGAAAUAGUAGUGUUCAUUAUUCACCUGUAAGAAGUAUACCACCUCCUCAGUCUCCACAUCAAUCAAGAUGGAAUUAGAUAGUUGGUUUAGUUUACAUGGUUUUUAAAUAGUACAAUAUGACGGUUCCUC